AUGCCAGCCCCAGCAGCAGACAACGCCGCCCCAGCCCAUGCCGAGCCGCUGAAGAUUGCCGUGGUGAAGCCGGAGACGACACAGGGCGAUCAGAGGAGGACGAGAAACGGAAAAUUCACGCUGGCUCAACUCCGCCAAACCGAUGCGCUUGUCCCGCUCCAGUCUGGAACCAAUCAGUUCGAUUCACAAAAGGGCAUGACCGCAUUCGGCGCAUCCCGCGACGUCAAGGGCAAGCACCUGAAGCGCAUCUGGGAACUCGAAUUCCCCGAGGAAGCCAUCCAAGAAAAGCCCAUCAACGCCUCACACGGAAAUGGCCAG